AUUGCGAAAUAGUUGUCAACAUUUCAGCUUCUCAACGUGUUAAACUAAUAAUAUGUAAUACGUGUAACGUUCUGUUAGAUGAUUAGAAAAUACUUCUCGUAUAUUCAAACUAAGUUGGAAGGACGGUGUAGCAGAUACAAGCUUUAAGCCUCUAGUCAGUAAGUCUUGUGUAUCACAUUCAUGAAGAAAUAUGGAAUUCUCAGUAUGUUUCAAAUGGACAAUAUUUGGAACAAUAUUAUAUCUGAGUUUGCUCUAUGAUAGUGAUUGUUUGAGUGAAAAAACAGUAGAUGCUGAAAAAGGAGGAAAUGGCAAAAGUUAUGAAGCUAUUACCAAAAUAUAUGAAAGCAAAUCUGGUAAUGAUACUGAUGAAAAAACCAGAAGUAAAACCAAGUUAAAGCCUAAUGCACAUGAGAUGAAAGAGCUGUCUACAAGUAAUAGUAUUGGUCACAGUACCUUGAAGCGUACUUUAAAUGGUUCUUUAGAAAGAAAUGAUACAUUUGAAGACACCUACCUGAAAACAAUUUUUAAUUUUCAACACUCUUAUAAAGCAGUGACCCAAACUCUGUAUGUGGUGUUUGCUGGAAUGGUGAUUGUGAUGAUAUACUUUGUCAUUAGAAUGGUGAGGUCACGUCGUAGAAAGAACAAGUCAAGGAAGUAUGGUCUCAUCACUGCAUCUGGCUCAGAAGUAGAAAUGCAACCACUGGAUAAAAGUGAUGAUGAUGAAGAAGAUGCAGUAUUGUUUGAUGUUCAUCAUAAAACUAUUUACAAUUUAAACUAGGAUGCCUCAAGAAAUAUGAAACAAAUAUGCAAAGGGAGCCGAUUAUUUAUGGAAGCUGUAUAAGAUAUAUCUUUGGAUUUUCGUCACACUUAUGUAUCCUACAAAAUGGGUAACGAAGUGUACUAUUAUUUGGGUGUGGUGCCACAAUGUUGUACAAGGCAGUGUUUUUGGCUCAUUAACAAUACACUUCCCAAAGAAAAAGAAAGCAAAAGCGUUAAGAAAAUUUUAUGUACAUUCUGAAAUAUUUAUCUGGAUAUUUCUAACACGCAACUUUAUGCUAAAUGUUUAAAUAUAUUUCAGCAUUGCGCCUGGACACAUUUCUUACUUUCUUUAAUAUCUUAAUACUUCUAAGAAAUUGUGUAAAAUAAAAAAUUAGCUAAAACUACAAAAUAAGAAAUCUGAUAGCCCAAGUCUUAUUUGACAGGGGACCUUUUUUCUGUACUUCCUAAUUCAAUCUUUAGAAAAGGUCUUAUUUUUCCAAAAUUUAUUGUGUUACUUCUUUUCUUUUAUGAUUAAUGUGUUACAAAACAUCUUAAAAGGAUAUUCUCAUUCAAAACUAUUUGUUUGAUAAAAUUAAGUGAAUGUAAUUAGCACACUGUCAAGAAAUUUUGUAUCAUUGUAAUGUUUGUAUCAUAGUUUUUUUUUGUUAGAAAUGAAAAUACAGACUUCAGAAAUUGUGCUUCCUAUUCAGUCUUGUAUCUUGGACUGGUCAAAAGCUCAUAUGUGUAGCUUCAAUAAAUUGUACUGAAUUGUAUGUUUAACUGUCCACGCUAUACAUUCAGGGUUUUAUCUUUAGAUGCGAGUGUCAAUGAUAGGUUAAUGUGUACUGGAAUAUAUUAGCCAGUUUUGGGUUUAGCCCAUUAUGGGAUACAAUCAGUAAAUACUUAGGCUUCAGUCUGUUUAUGGCAAGAUUUUUUAUUUGAAGUUUAAAUGUGUUUGAAAUAUUUGAAGAUAGCACACAGUAAAAUGACAAAAAAUCAAAUGCACAAAAUUAUGUUAGUGUGAAAAUUUUAUCUCUUAUCAUUGCUAAAUUAUGAAAAUUAAGUUUCUUUGGAUAUUUUAAACUGUAUAAAGAUAUACAAUAACCAUUACAUGUUGUCUUAUGUUCACACGUAGAACUCUGUUGUGCUAUAAUCUGUAAUCCUAAGUUGUGAAUGACAGUAUAAAAAUUCAGGUUUGGGAAUACAAAUUAAAUUUUAUUUUAAGCAAAAUCAUCUGAGUGUCUUGAUACUAAUUAGCAUCUGUAUAUUCUAGUAAAAUUCAUCUGUUGGGUCAAAAUAUUAAAGUAUUUAUGUUCUUCUGUCUUUUUUCCCACAUGUUACUCUUGUAAUGCAUGAAGUUUUGCAUUAUUUAGAGAAGGUUAAUCCUGUACAAUAGUCAGCAAUAAAAGUUUGUAACACUUAA